AUGCGAAGGACAUUUCGCCUGCUCGCGGGCGUCAAGCCUGCUCGUUAUCUCGAAGCCGGCACCCCGACAGGCCUCACCGGCCUCUGGACGCACAACAGUCCCCGGUCGACGCUGCUGUACCUUCCCGAGUCCUCUCUAUACCGCCAAUCUGUCGAAGCCCUUACGAAGCACCGCCUCGGACUCGUCGAAGCCACGGUACCCCCUGGAUACGCCGAGUGGGAGAAGAAGGCCGAGCAGAUUAUGAAGGAGAAGCCCGAACAGUUCCGCCUCGUUAGCGGCCGCGUCGACGGCAGCGGUGCCCGGACAGUGAAACUGGGCAACCGAACGUUCGUCGUUGCUACUCAGCACGACGCCAAGGACGUCCGCGUCGAGGAGUGGGAUGGCGAGAAGGACGAGGGCGGCACUCUCGAGGGUCCGCGCACCGAGGCUGAGCGAAAGGACCACCAGCUGCUCGCCGACCGCAAGGAUCUGAACGACAUCGCCAAGGUCCAGUGGGAGUCUGAGCCGCAGUUGACGGCCGACCAGAUUUCCGAACUGGAGAACAAGAUUGGAGCUGGCCUCAUCGAGGAGGUUAUCCAGGUCGCCGAGAGCGAGCUGAAGCUCGUGGACGUGAUGACGCAGGCCAAGGUAUGGGAGGACUUGGAGGAGAAGCCCGUCGAAGGCCAAUGGACCUACUUUGAACGCAACUCUGCGUAA